AUGAGACCAACGCGGAGACGAACAAGGGCACCAACACCGCCAGUCCAAGAGUCCGAUGGGACAAGCGAGAUGGAGCUCAAUGAAAGUGUUCAGAGUAGUGAGAUGAGUAGUGAUGAUGAUGAGCAGAUUGUCAAUCGACACACAAUUCAAGAACCCAUUGAAGACGAAGAGCAGGAAGAAGAAAUAUCCGAUUCAGAAGAGAGUGUUGAGUCUGCUGCAGUACAGCAAUAUCCUUCUGCUGUAGACAGCGAUGCUUCUGAAAGUGAAGAUGAAUUCAAGGAAAUUGUCCAAACACGCCCUGCAACAAAACGUCAAAGAGCGCGCCUGAACAAUCAUGAACCAGAGGAUUAUAUUGAACUUCCAAUGGAGAGUAGCAGAAAGAAACUACUAACAGAAGAAGAGGCAGCUUUGAAACGAUCCGAAGUUACGAGAAGGCGAAAGAACCAGAGUCUCCAAAGAGCAGAGAAGGAUAAAGCAGAUACAAUCAACCGAUUGUUAAAAAAGCAGGCAACCAAGAGCAAGCAGAAAAUCAGAGAUGAUGUAAUUGAGACAAAAGAAGGAGAGAAACGUAAAGAGCAUGGAAUGCGUUACAUUCACAACAAGGAAGGAAGUGUUCUUGCUAUACCCAUUAAAUACACAGUUGAACACGUAUUUGGUACUCACAAGGUCAGUGCGCCUAAACCACCAAGAAAGUGUGAGGUACAUGGUUGCCAUCAAUUGAAAAAGUAUGUAGCCAAAAAGAGCGGAAAGCUUGUAUGUUCUCUUGAACACUAUCAAACAGUAGAGGGUGUGCAAUAA